AUGGGGGAUAGAAGCCCCUUCGAAACGGACAUGCUUACCCUGACCCGCUACGUUAUGGAAAAGGGGCGUCAGGCCAAAGGCACCGGGGAGCUCACGCAGCUGCUCAACUCCAUGCUGACGGCCAUCAAAGCCAUUUCCUCAGCCGUGCGCAAGGCGGGCCUGGCCAACCUGUACGGAAUCGCGGGAAGCGUGAACGUGACGGGGGAUGAGGUGAAGAAACUGGACGUAUUAUCCAACGCCCUGGUGAUCAACAUGCUCCAGUCCUCCUACAGCACCUGCGUCCUGGUGUCGGAAGAGAAUAAAGAGGCCAUUAUCACCUCCAAGGAGAAGAGGGGGAAAUACGUGGUCUGCUUUGACCCACUGGACGGAUCUUCCAACAUCGACUGCCUGGCUUCCAUUGGAACCAUAUUUGCCAUCUACAGAAAGACCUCAGAGGAUGAGCCUUCUGAAAAGGAUGCCCUGCAGCCUGGUCGCAACAUUGUGGCGGCUGGCUAUGCACUCUACGGAAGUGCAACCUUAGUGGCUCUGUCCACGGGGCAAGGAGUGGACCUCUUCAUGCUGGACCCAGCUCUUGGUGAAUUUGUCUUGGUGGAAAAAGAUGUCAAGAUUAAAAAGAAAGGAAAGAUUUAUAGCCUCAACGAGGGCUAUGCCAAGUAUUUUGAUGCUGCCACCACAGAAUAUGUGCAGAAAAAGAAGUUUCCUGAGGACGGCAGUGCUCCCUAUGGCGCCAGGUACGUGGGCUCCAUGGUGGCUGAUGUGCACCGCACCCUUGUCUAUGGAGGGAUCUUCCUGUACCCAGCGAACCAGAAAAGUCCAAAGGGCAAGCUCCGGCUUCUGUAUGAGUGCAACCCCGUGGCCUACAUCAUCGAGCAGGCGGGAGGCCUGGCGACCACCGGCACCCAACCCGUGCUGGACGUGAAGCCCGAAGCCAUUCACCAACGAGUCCCCCUCAUUCUAGGGUCCCCGGAGGAUGUACAGGAAUAUCUCACCUGUGUACAGAAAAAUCAGGCAGGCAGGUAG